GGCGACGAUUCAAUUAUUUUCGUUUUUUCUUGUUGUUCAUUUUUGCAGUUUCAGUUCCCGAUUUCAUUACCGACGCAUAGUCGAAAAGAAGGAAGCUUUGAAGUUGAAGAGUUUAGGGAGAGGGGGAGAGAGAUAUGAAGAUCACAGCUUUGUUGGUGCUUAAGUGCAUCCCGGAUGGAUCCGAUCCGGUGAUACUUGCGAAUGCGUCCAAUGUAAGCCACUUCGGCUACUUCCAACGUUCCAGCGUCAAGGAGUUUAUCGUCUUCGUCGGUCGCACCGUCGCCAAGCGCACCACCCAGGGACAGCGCCAAACCGUCCAGCACGAAGAGUACAAGGUGCAUGCUUACAACAGAAAUGGCCUUUGUGCAUUGGGCUUUAUGGAUGAUCACUAUCCCAUACGAAGUGCAUUUUCUCUUCUCAAUCAGCUGCUCGAUGAAUAUGAAAAAGCUUUUGGUAAUUCAUGGAGAACUGCUCAGGCGGAUGGUACUCAAUCAUGGCCCUAUUUGGAGCAAGCUCUGACAAGAUUCCAGGACCCUGCAGAGGCUGAUAAGUUGUUGAAAAUCCAGAGGGAACUGGAUGAAACAAAAAUCAUCCUGCAUAAGACUAUUGAUAGCGUUCUUGCACGUGGGGAGAGGUUGGACAGUUUAGUUGAGAAGAGUUCUGAUCUGAGUGCAGCGUCACAGAUGUUCUACAAGCAGGCGAAGAAAACCAACUCGUGUUGUACUAUAUUAUAAGCUUCAUAUUAUAAGAGUUUUCAAGGCUUAGUACCCUGUAAUAGUGUAAUUCUUCUCACCUAGUUACCUGUUACGAUGUAAGGCCCCUGCGCAGAAGAAAGUGGCAUGUGUCUAUAUCACUACGUUGUUUGGUUUGGUGAGUGUGGAUUUUCCCUGUAUGCUGUAUUGCUGGAGGGAGCAGAAUAUUGGUCGUGUGAAAUGUGAUUCUUCUUGACAAAUUAACAUUCAUAUUUACUUCCUUGUGAUUCUUCCUAUGAUAAUACAUGGUAUAUAUAAGUUCUCACAUCUAUCAA